AUUGAACCAAACUUACGUUCAGUAGUCAGUUGAGCGUCGUACAAACCGUUUUCGCUUUUAGCGCAUGUGCCAAUGAUUUUUGGAUAAAGCAUACGGGAAUAGUACAACGGCUUCCAAAAGUACGGCAAAAGAGUACUUAACAUUGUAGCGGGCAUUAAAUAGCGCAAGACGCUAAUUACAUUUAAUAGAAAAACCGUGGCAACGCAAUUAUAUUCAAUGGCCAACAACAACAACGGCAAUAGACAAAACAACAAUUAUAGCCGCAUCAGCAGCAGCCGUUUGAGCAGAGUGACCGCUGCGCAUGCGCAACCUGACUUGCGUAUCAGACGCAUUUCCCUACUUGCGAUGAUAUCAAAGCUGCUGCUGCAAUGCAGCUUAACGGUGAUUGUAAUCAGUUGCGUGACAACAAAUCUCGGCGUCGCGGCACAAGGUCAGAUCACAGUAGAUGAUGACUUUGCACGUCUUAUGGGCAAGUGUAAGACUGACAGUGCCGAAUUUGAUGACUGCAUGAAAGAUGUAUUCAAUGAUUUGCGUGCAUAUUUUCCAACUGGUGUUCCGGCUUACAACAUUAAGCCUUUCGAUCCACAUCGUUCGCCCUUCGUGGAGUUGCGCCGUGGCGAUCAGAACAACUUCGGUGGUUUCAAAUUAAUAUUGCGCAAUAUUUCCGAAUAUGGUUGGUCACGUUCGGAAGUUACGCGAUAUCGCACGGACUUUGCGAAUAAGCGCAUCAUCUAUGCGCAGUAUUUCCCGGAAAAGAGCUUGGACGGCUGGUAUGAGUUCUCGGGUAAAAUACUCGGUACACCCAUCAAGAGAAGUGGCUUUUGGAAUAUGACACUAUACGAUUACAGCCAGACGACGAGUGUGCGUCGUUUGGGCGCGCCCGGUGCUCUGCUGAAGGUGCAUGUGGAGAUCGAUCGUAUUGGUGGUUUGAAAAUGCAUGUCGGCAAUGCAUUGGCGGAGGGACGUGAACGGCUGGACAACUUUGCUGAUGGCGUUAUAAAUAGUAUGUGGCCUAUUGGCUUUCCCGUUAUCAAGCCACUCAUAAAUGAGCUGGUGAGCAGCGCAUUUACGGACAUUUUUAAUGAAUCGUUUCGGAAAUUUCCAAUAACGAAAUUUUUAAGUUGAUGUCUUGAAAAUCUGCAGAAUAUUUGUUAUUGUAAUUAUUGUUAUUACAUUUAUAUACUGUUUGUUGGUGUGUUCCUAACUAUAAGUUCAUCUGAAUAA